GCGCACGUUCAGUUUAAGAGAUGUGUCAAUGUUUAGAAAAACUUUUAUUACGUCGUCUCUUUUAAUUUUAAUUUUUAUUAUGCUAGGAUUUUUAGCAUUCGUUUGUGUGACUUGUGUUUUCACUACGAAAGCUCAAAACAAUGGUUUUGAAGCUGUUAGUUUUAAUUUAGCUGGCCUGUUUGAAGAGGGCGAAAAUGAACUCAACCAAAAAGCCUUCGAAUUGGCAAUUAACAUUAACAACCUCAAAAGAGGUGAAGACAUGCAAUUAGCACACAUCAGCGUCCCUGUAGCCAAUCAAGAACCAUUUCAAGCUAUGAAAACUAUUUGCACUAUUUUAAAAGACGGUAUUUUGGGUGUUUUCGGACCGAAAUCGUUAAGCAACAUCAAUGCAGUCCAAUCGGUUUGUGAUGACAAGGAAAUGCCUCAUAUAUUGACCAGAUGGAUUUAUCGGCCUUUAAGACCUGGAAGUGCAUUAAAUUUUUACCCAUAUGCUCCUCUAUUAACAAAGGCCUAUUGGGAGAUUAUUCAGGAAUGGAAAUGGAAAGCGUUUACUGUUUUAUAUGAGGAUGAUGAAAGUUUGCUACGUUUAUCUGAACUCAUUCUUUUAGCUAAGGAAAAGGGAAUCGUUGUUACCGUGGAACAACUUGAUAGAGAAGGAACUGGAAAUUAUAGAGAAACAUUGAAGAAAAUCUGGAGGACAAGGCAAAGAUAUAUAGUCAUCGAUUGCCAAAUUAAUAAUCUCAUUGAUGUUCUCAUACAAUGUCAGCAAGUUGGAAUAAUGACAAGUGACUACAGUUACUUUCUAACUAAUUUAGACGCCCAUUCUAGAGAUUUGUCACCGUUUCAAUGGAGUCAAACUAACAUCACAGGAAUACGUUUAAUAAAUCCAGAAUCUCAGUACGUGCAAAAUAUAAGUAUGCAACUAUUUUCUGAUAUUGACACCCCAUUGGACUCCAUUGAAGCUGCUUUCAAGCUGGAAACUGAAACAGCUUUAAUAUUCGAUGCAGUCCACAUGUUCUCAGAAAAUUUGCGUAAAUUUAAAGAGCCACCAGUAUCGUUGGAUUGUGAGCAACCUGACAGCUGGGAGUUUGGAUAUUCUCUAGUAAACUUAUUGAAAACAUCCAACUACAAAGGUUUAACAGGUAAUAUAGAAUUCAACAAUGAAGGUCACAGAAGCGUUUUUGGAUUGCAAGUGUACGAAAUUCGAGAAGGUGGAAUAGUAACUGUGGCUACGUAUAAUUCUACUCAAGGGUUGAACGUAACACGUCCACAUCAACCACCAGUGGUUCCAGAUCAUGAUAGUAUGAGAAAUAAAACGUUUGUGGUUAUUAUAUCUUUGACUGAGCCAUAUGGAAUGCUUAAAGAGACAUCAGAAAAUUUAGUCGGAAAUGAAAGAUAUGAAGGCUUCAGUAUUGACCUAAUUCAUGAACUUUCGUUGCUGGAAGGGUUCAACUAUACAUUUACGGUGCAACAUGAUGGAAAGAAUGGAAAUAAGGUUAAUGGACGGUGGACUGGGAUGAUAGGAGCAGUUAUAGAUGGAGUAGCUGAUAUGGCUAUUACGGAUUUGACAAUAACCUCUGAUCGUGCUGAGGCUGUAGAUUUCACAUCGCCCUUCAUGAAUUUAGGUAUUAGUAUCCUGUUUCAAAAACCCCAAAAGGCUCCACCCAACUUCUUCUCGUUUGCCGAACCGUUUGCCAUUGAUACCUGGAUAGCUCUAGCGAUAGCUUUUGUAGUAGUUUCUCUAUCGUUUUUCCUCUUGGGUAGGAUAUGUCCAGAUGAAUGGAACAACCCUUACCCUUGUGUGGAGGAACCUGAAUUUUUGAUAAACCAAUUUAACAUGUCGAAUUCGGUUUGGUUCGCUACUGGAGCUAUGUUACAGCAAGGUUCAGAAAUUGCACCAAUAGCUAUUCCAACAAGGCUUGUGUCCGGUGUAUGGUGGUUCUUUGUCCUUAUCAUGGUGUCUUCUUAUACAGCUAACUUGGCAUCAUUUUUGGUUACAGAAAAUACAGUAGAUUUAUUCAGUGACGUAAAAAGUUUAGUGGAAAAUGCAGAAAAAUAUGGAAUACGAUAUGGAUCCAAAGCUGGUGGAGCUACGAUGGAUUUUUUUGCCAAAAGUAAAGGUAAUGAACUAUACGAGCAAAUUUUUAUACAUAUGAGAGAUCAUCCUGAAGAUAUGCCAUCUGAAAAUAAAGAUGGUGUGGAUAUGGCGGAAAAAGAAAGAUAUGCGUUUUUUAUGGAAUCGAUUUCCAUUGAUUACAAUACCCAGAGACAUUGUAAUUUGAUGCGCGUAGGGGAUCAGCUAGAUGAGAAAGGAUAUGGGAUUGCUUUAAAAAAAGAUUCGCCUUUCAGAACUAAAUUGAGUACGGCAAUUUUAAAGUUGCAAUCAUCUGGAGUAAUUGAAAAAAUAAGAAAAAAAUGGUGGGAAGAAAGAAAAGGCGGAGGCCAAUGUACAGGGUCUGAUGACGAUACUGAAGCCACGCCGCUCGACUUGAAAAACGUAGAAGGUAUCUUUUACGUCACAAUUUUCGGUACUAUACUGGGCGUAGUGCUGGUACUUUUCGAGUACACCUUUAAUAUUCUGAAACUCAGCAAGAAGGCCAACAUACCGGUUAAAGAGGCCUUCAAGCAAGAACUUAAAUUCUUCUUCAAGUUUAGCAGCAAUGUUAAGCCGGUAUUGGACGGGUCUGAAGAAGAUGAAAAAUCGCAGAUGUCUCAAAAAUCUGCUAGUGGGCGGUCCAAAUCAAAAUCAGAAAAAUCUAGAGCCAUCAAAGCUGAAAGUGUUAGGCCCUAUGGCUUUGUUGUGUCUACUCCAUCAAUUGAUAGAUUAACUGAAACACCGUGAAACUAUACAGGGUGUUAACAAAUAGUGGGAUCAAACUUCUAGGAUAAAGUGUCAAAGCUUGAAAAAAUCGGUUUUUCAAAAUCCGCUUCCCGAAUUUCUUUAAACUUUGCAGAUUUGUUUGCUAUAAUAAAAGGUAUCUUUUGACUCAAUUAGAUUAACCGUUAUUAUUCCAGUGGCACCCCAGAGGGCAAUUACGUUAGUAAAAGUAGGAAAAAAAUGGCAUAUCACUAUUUUUUUAUAACUUUGAUGUAUUUUCUCAGAUUAAGCAAGUCAUAUUACAGUCAAAAGAUACCUUUUGUUAUCACAAUUAAACCUGCCAAAUUUGAAAAAAAAAAUGGAAAAGGGAUUUUUGGGCUGAAAAACGAUUUUUUUUUUCAAAGUUUGACACCCUGUAUCACGAAAACUAAGCAUUCGCGGACCCAUAUUUCUAUCAACUUUUCUAUUAUUUCAAUGAGUACUAUUUAUGCUAGAAGUUUGAUCCCACUAUUUAUUAACACCCUGUAUAUGGUUAUGUACCUACCUACUUAUAUUGAAUAAUCAAUAAGUAUUAAUUCAUUAUGAUUAUUGAUCAAUUUAUAGUUAUUUUUGUUAUUUUGUGUAGACAAUUAAAUUGUUAAGAAUUCUUUGGUGGUCUGCAAUUUCAGCUACCAAAUAUUGUGAGUGGAUUGUAUCUUCUUCAAAAUAAAUGCUAAUGUCUUUUUUUUUCGUACCGAGCAUAUAGAACCUUCAAGUCCGCAGAAUUGAAAUCAUGUCUUAAAAUUCAGUCGACUCAACAACAAUAAAGUAUUGUUUACAACUUAGUAUACUUGGAAACUGUCUAUUUAUUAACUGCGGAACAUAAACCAGAGGAAAUUUAACUAAGGUUCAAUUUAUUGUUAGCAAUAAUUUUUUGCAGUUAUAAAUCUCAAUAGGUAAUAGAAACGUUGUUAUUGCUUUUCUGGAAGCUAUAACCAUUGAAAAAUUUAUAAUACAGUCACAAAUCAAAUUAUGGAUGUCCCUAUUAUUAUUCUUAUUGACAUUUAUUAUAAUUUAAUCAUAAAUAAUGCCUGGAGGAAAGUGAUUUCAAUUGCAUGAUAAAUGUGGAUACGAUCACGACAAGGUUGGUAUUUUAAUUAGUAUAUUUUAAAGCUAAUGAUAUAUGGCUUUCAGAUCUAAAACUUUUUUCUCUAAUAUAUAAAUAUUUAAACAUAUACAUUUUCCAAUGAUUAAAAAGAUUAUAUUGCUAUUAGAUGCGUGCACGGUCUGUUAAUCACGUUUAAAGUUAAUAUUAUGAUUUUAAAUUUCCGUUUUUUAUAUACUCACCUACCUAUGAUUUUUUUAAAUAUAUUCACAAUGCAAUUAAAAUCAAAUUUAAGACAAAUAAAAUUAUACGCUUUCCAAAAGAAAGGUUAAAAUGAAGAUGAUUAGCGAUAUGAAUUUGCAAAAAAAAAUUAUCGACCCGGUUAUUUGAGGUUGCAUUUACAGAAAAUUUACAAAAAUAUGAAGUCAUUCACGGAUCCACGAGGGUCCUCAUUCAAGGGUAUUCCAAGUAUGUUAUCCAUGUAGUACGUAUCAUCGACUUGCCAAUUGGAUUAGGGACUAGAGUUUAUAAAGGCUUCGCAAAAAGGAUUUCCUAAGAAAACUGUUUCAUUUUACGUUAUGUAUGACAACACAACACUACAACAUUCGUCAUACUCAUUACUCGUAGGGCGUAAUACAUACAUAUAUCAUGUUUCUCAGCCUAAUAAUGUGCCUCAAAAUAUUUUAGGAAAGUUUGGGGAAGUUCAGAAAAUAAAAAUUAUAGACUAAGGGCCAAUAGUUUUGAUCUCGAUUAAUUUGACACAUCGUU